GUGUGACAGGUGAGCAUGCAGCAAUGGGUGUGCAGUGUAAAGAUAUGCAAGACUGUACAGCAGUGUAGGGUGACAGGUGAGCAUGCAGCAAUGGGUGUGCAGUGUAAAGAUAUGCAAGACUGUACAGCAGUGUAGGGUGACAGGUGAGCAUGCAGCAAUGGGUGUGCAGUGUAAAGAUAUACAAGACUGUACAGCAGUGUAGGGUGACAGGUGAGCGUGAAGAAACAGGUGGCACUAAAUGUAGUAAUAAUAAUAGCGGCUGCAGGGUAAGGCAAGGGGUAGGUCUAAAUGUGUACUAUACAAACAGUAGAAGUAUUAGGAAUAAGACAGAUUUAUUGAGGGGAAAGGCGUGGGUAGAGAAAUUUGAUAUGAUAGCGAUCACAGAGUCAUGGAUAAACACUGCAGACAGACACUUUCUCCCAGAAUUAGAGAUUGAAGGGUAUAAGUUAUUCCAUCAGGAUCGAAUAGGCAGGAAGGGGGGUGGGGUCGCACUCUUCAUCAGGGACAAUCUUAAGUGUGUCAUUAACAACUCAAUCAAGGAAGAUAGCAAUACAGAAUCCCUCUGGGUAGAAACAAUAGGUAGGAAGGAGAAGCUUGUCAUCGGAGUACUUUACAGACCACCCAACCUUACCAGGGACAGUAGCCAACCCCUUUUACAGGAAAUUAGUGGGGCGUCAAGAUAUAGAAAUGUGUGUGUAAUUGGUGAUUUCAAUUAUAGGAACAUAGAGUGGGAUACUUUAUCCGGAGACCAAGAGGCACAGGAUUUGUUAGAUGUGAUACAGGAUAGUUUCCUUAAGCAGUUAAUUAGAACACCAACGAGGGAAGAAAAUAUUUUGGAUUUGUUGUUAACUAAUAGAGAGGACAUAAUAAGCAACAUUGAGGUUGGGGAUUCAUUAGGUAACAGUGAUCAUAAGGAAAUUAGAUUUAAUAUUAAAUGGGAGGAUAGAGUAAGCAGUAACAACACAUUAAUACCUGACUUCAGGAAGGCAGACCACGAGGGGUUAAGAAAACAGCUGCAGAGGCUUAGGGGAGUGAGAUCAGAAGUAGGUCAGGACCCAAAGCAGGGAGGGGCGUUAAUCUCUGGUGAGGUCACUAGUCAGGUCAGUAGCUUGGAGGGUGAGUACAAUAGUCUGGUCAGGGAGAUUAAACUAGGACAGAAACAGUUUAUACCUCACAGGGAAGUCAGGUCAACAUGUAAUUACCCGAGAUGA